CCCGCGGCGGCGGCGGCGGCGGCGGGGACUCGGCCCAAAGUUGCGGGGGCACCGCGCCGCCGAGCGAGCGGGGGCCCGGGGCCAGCCAGCAUGGGCACGCUGCGAGACCUGCAGUACGCGCUCCAGGAGAAGAUCGAGGAGCUGAGGCAGCGCGACGCGCUCAUAGACGAGCUGGAGCUCGAGCUCGACCAGAAGGACGAGCUCAUCCAGAAGCUGCAGAACGAGCUGGACAAGUACCGCUCGGUGAUCCGGCCCGCCACGCAGCAGGCGCAGCAGGCGCAGCAGGCGGCUCAGCAGCAGGCGGCGCAGCAGCCCGGCGGCGGCGCGGGGAGCGGCGGCGGCGAGCCCCGCACCAAGCGCCAGGCCAUCUCAGCCGAGCCCACUGCCUUCGACUUGCAGGACCUCAGCCACGUGACGCUGCCCUUCUACCCCAAGAGCCCCCAGUCCAAGGAUCUUAUCAAGGAAGCUAUCCUUGAUAAUGACUUCAUGAAGAACCUAGAACUGUCUCAGAUCCAGGAAAUUGUGGAUUGUAUGUAUCCCGUGGAGUAUGGCAAAGACAGCUGCAUCAUCAAAGAAGGCGACGUGGGCUCCCUGGUGUACGUCAUGGAAGAUGGAAAGGUUGAAGUUACCAAAGAGGGGGUGAAGCUGUGCACUAUGGGACCAGGCAAAGUCUUUGGAGAACUUGCGAUUCUAUACAACUGUACCCGCACAGCCACCGUUAAAACUCUUGUAAAUGUGAAACUCUGGGCCAUUGAUCGACAAUGUUUUCAGACGAUAAUGAUGAGGACGGGCCUCAUCAAGCACACAGAGUAUAUGGAGUUUUUGAAAAGUGUUCCUACCUUCCAGAGCCUCCCUGAAGAGAUCCUAAGCAAGCUGGCUGAUGUCCUGGAAGAGACACACUAUGAGAAUGGAGAAUACAUCAUCAGGCAAGGGGCCCGAGGGGAUACCUUCUUCAUCAUCAGCAAAGGAACGGUAAAUGUCACUCGAGAAGAUUCUCCGAGUGAAGACCCAAUCUUUCUUCGCACUUUAGGAAAAGGAGAUUGGUUUGGAGAAAAGGCCUUGCAAGGGGAAGAUGUGAGGACUGCCAAUGUCAUUGCAGCAGAAGCAGUGACCUGCCUGGUGAUCGACAGAGACUCAUUCAAGCACUUGAUCGGAGGCUUGGACGAUGUUUCUAACAAGGCCUAUGAAGAUGCAGAGGCCAAAGCAAAAUAUGAAGCUGAAGGGGCAUUCUUCGCCAACCUGAAGCUGUCCGAUUUCAACAUCAUCGACACGCUGGGAGUUGGAGGUUUUGGACGAGUUGAGCUGGUCCAGUUGAAAAGUGAAGAAUCGAAAACAUUUGCCAUGAAAAUUCUCAAGAAGCGCCACAUUGUAGACACAAGACAACAGGAGCACAUCCGUUCUGAGAAGCAGAUUAUGCAGGGGGCUCAUUCAGAUUUCAUUGUCAGACUAUAUCGAACCUUCAAAGACAGCAAAUACUUGUAUAUGUUAAUGGAAGCCUGCCUAGGUGGAGAGCUUUGGACGAUUCUCAGGGACAGAGGUUCAUUUGAAGAUUCAACAACCAGAUUUUAUACAGCGUGUGUCGUAGAAGCAUUUGCCUAUCUGCAUUCCAAAGGAAUCAUCUACAGGGACCUUAAGCCAGAAAACCUCAUUCUCGACCACCGAGGUUACGCCAAACUGGUUGAUUUCGGCUUUGCAAAGAAAAUAGGAUUUGGAAAGAAAACAUGGACAUUUUGUGGGACCCCAGAGUACGUAGCCCCUGAGAUCAUCCUGAACAAAGGUCACGACAUUUCGGCAGACUACUGGUCGCUAGGAAUCCUAAUGUAUGAACUCCUGACUGGCAGUCCCCCUUUCUCAGGCCCGGAUCCUAUGAAGACCUAUAAUAUCAUAUUGAGAGGGAUUGACAUGAUAGAAUUUCCAAAGAAGAUUGCCAAAAAUGCUGCUAAUUUAAUUAAAAAACUAUGCAGGGACAAUCCAUCAGAAAGAUUAGGGAACUUGAAGAAUGGAGUAAAAGAUAUCCAGAAGCACAAAUGGUUUGAAGGCUUUAAUUGGGAAGGCUUGAGAAAAGGUACCUUGACGCCGCCUAUAAUACCAAGUGUCGCCUCCCCCACAGAUACGAGCAACUUUGACAGUUUCCCUGAGGACAACGAUGAGCCGCCGCCAGAUGACAACUCGGGAUGGGACAUAGACUUUUAGUGCAUUUUUCUUACCUGCUUCUGCCUUGCUGAAGACAGCUUUUCUGAGACACGGCUGCCAGCAAACCUGAAGGAAUGGGAGAAGAUCCGUGCUCGGGGUCACCAUGAUGCCUUGAUCGAUGAUGCUGCUACAGCACUCCAGUGGCAUUCGGACUUAUCGCUUAGAUGACAAUAUGCUCUCUCUACAUGUUUUAUGUUUGAACCGAAAACUGCAGUUGACAUGGUGGUCCUGAAGCAAAGCCUUUUCACCAGUAAAGAAAUGUUUUCUACCACA